UCCAGUUCAUAGAACUCGCAGCCGGGGUCGGGCAAGGACGACGGAGGUUUGCGAUGGCCGGCGACGCCGACAUGAGCGGAUGGACGGAGCUUCUCCAUGCUUCUACGAAGUUGCUCGAGCAGGGCUCACCGUCCGCCCAGUUUCCCCCGCUUCAGAGGAAUCUUGAACAGCUGGAGUCGCUGUCGAAGAAGCUCAAGUCUAAAACCCUAAGGGCUGAGACCCCCUCGCAGUCCAUCGCUGCUACUAGGUUGUUAGCUCGCGAGGGAAUUAAUGCUGAACAGCUUGCGCGGGAUCUCAAAUCGUUUCAGAUAAAGACAACCUACGAGGAUGUCUUUCCUUCAGAAACAACUACAGUGGAGGAGUAUCUGCAGCAGGUCCAUGAAAUGGCGAUGGUCUCGGCGAUCCAAGAAUCACAAAAGGACAAUUUACGAAGUUUUAGUGACCACAUGAUGCGAGUUAUGGAGGUUAGAGUUCUGUGCAGAACUCGUAACUAAUUGAACUUGAUGUGAUAUUGAGAUCAUUUCAUUAUUGGAUGAUUUUUAAAGGUGUAAUUAAAGUUAUAAAAUUAAGUUGUAAUAUAUUGAUGGUCUUGCAAAAUACUUAUAUGUGGAAUGAAAUUGUUGCAUGAGUG